AUGUCCACAUACAAGGAGGCCCUCAAAGAACUACGAAGAGAGCCACUUUCACUAAGAAAUCGACUAUUCCUGAUACUCCUCGACGCCCAGUACGUCUCGAAAUUUACUGCUUGUGGAUUCCCCAUUGUGGCCAAUGAACGCUGUGGUCUCUGGUACGUGAAACCCGAGAUUCUUGCCGAGACUGCCUACUUCAAGUCCACAGAUGGACACACGAACCAGUGGAAGUUUUCGUUUAGGAGGCUCAAUUUCCACCUUUUGCCUUUGAUUGCCAAAAACGGCGGACUUGUCGUUGUGGACUCCACCAGAAAGGGAAAACUCAUGCCUGAUGCUCUCUCGAAAACAGUGCCCAUAUGGUGUGCUGUGUUGAACUACAUCAUGUUUGAAGGACAAGACAGCGACUGGGAAAUCCAAAAAGACAAUUGGCUCAGGACACCGUUGGAGAUGGUUCUGGAAAGCGAACACAGCGCCAUAGUGGAGAAGAUCCCCGAGUUUGCAGCCGAACUCAAGAGACUAGGUUUGAUCACGAAAGAACAGUUAGUCGAAAGGCUUGGAGAAAGUAAACCACUAGUUCCGGUCUGGAGAAGGUACGGCCAAAAAACGGUGGAUGUGCCGAGAUCUCUGGACUACUUCACGGUGGUGUGUGUGACUGCCCUGGCUGUCUCUAUAGAGACCACUGGAUUUUCUUACGUUCAAGGUGCUGCUGAUGAUCAUGAGCUUUGGGCGACCAAGGAUAUCUGCAACGGCAAGCUUGAUGGUAAGGUUUUCUGGGAUUUGAGCAAGGAGACCGGUGAGUCCAGGAUAGUUGAUGAGAAUGGCAGCAUAUACAGCUGGCUUUCCGAUGGAGAGCUUUCCAGAAGGAUCAAUUGCAUUUACGAGGAGCGGAUUGGCGACACUGGGCUGAAAUUGGAUAUCACGGCUUUGGGGAAUACUGGCAUUUCUGUGGGUAUCAUAGACAGAAAAGUGGCAUACGAGGAGGUUAAAGGGUAUGAUGCUGUGGUGGUGCUUUCACAAGAGAACGGAAUUGACGUUCCAGAGAAGGCCACGACCAAGGUACUCAACACAAAAAUACCAGAAGGCAAGCAGGGUUCAAAAGAGCUUCGAGCGAUUCUUCCUAAAAUCAUGGAUUCGUUGAAUGGGUGCAAUUCAAUCGCCAUCUUGUGUGGCUCCGGAAAGGAUCUUUCGGUGGGAGUGGUACUCUGCCUUCUUUGCAAGAGAUUUUCAACAAACUGGGAGGCGUCGACCGACCAACUCACCAAUAAGGACGUGGUGAAGCAGCAUUUGAGCAAGAUUCUGGAUCUUCGCAAGGUCAAUCCCAGCAGAAACACCCUACAAAGCGUCAACACGUUUCUCAUGGGCCGGUAA